GCAAUAUGUUUGACAUUUCUUUGGCAGCGAAUCUCAUUUAGAAAAUUGUGUUUGUCUAUAUUGCCUUCUGUUAUAAAUCUAUUCAAUUAAAACUUUAAGUCUGUUUGAAAAAGUAUGACUGGCAUAAUGGACACUAUAGAAAUGCCAAAAUUGGCUGAAAAUCAAAAGUCCUUUGCCGGCAUACCUGAGGCUGUGUUUUUGGAAGAAAUUGAUACAUUCAUGGCACAGCCAGAAAAUGAAGAUAAUUGUGAAAAAGUUCUACAGAGGUUAGAUGAGCAACAUAGCAAGUAUAGGUUUAUGGCUUUUAAUCUAGAAGCAAGACGUCGUAAGCUCAAAUCACAAAUUCCAGAUCUGCAACGCUCAUUAGAGAUGAUAAAUGUGCUAAGGGAAGAAAAAGAAGAGCGAGAAACCCAGUUUCUACUUAGCGAUCAAGUAUUUAUAAAGACGCUCGUACCACCAACGCAAACAGUAUGCCUUUGGCUAGGUGCUAGUGUGAUGCUAGAGUAUCCAUUAGACGAAGCUGAAGAACUUCUUAAACAGAACAUGAGCUCUGCCGUUGUAAAUCUGAAAACUGUGGAACACGAUCAAGAUUUUCUUAGAGAUCAAUUGACAACCACGGAAGUAAAUAUGGCCCGUGUUUACAAUUGGGGUGUGAAGAAACGUCAGGCGGCUGCAAAAACAUCUACUCCUUCAUCUUAAUCCUUCAAUACCACAUUAAUGUUUCUUGAUAAAUUAUAGUGAUUAUCAUUAACAUUUGUAAGAUUUCAAUUCUACGCAGUAAAAUUGACUUCAUUUCUUAAUUGGAGUUCCACUCACUAAUACUUUUCUACUCAGAUAAAGAUUUGUUGUAUCUUCUAUAAAAUAAGAAUUAUAGCUAUUUCUUAAUACCUAAA